AUUGCCAAGAAUCGGCUUAGCGGCGGGGAAAAGACAUGGGGGCGAAAUGAAUGACAUGAAAGGAAAGGAAGGAUUUUGUCCUGUUCGUCAAAUGAUUGUUAACUGAUUGCGUCUCCACCCGGUUGCCACUGAACAGAAAGCGCAACAUGUUGAAAUUUCCAGAGAAGCUUUGGUGACGUAUGCGAACACACGAGUACACUGUGAAUAAGGUGUGGACGACAUCAACAAGGAGAGAAUCAGCUGAAUAACAGCACGACACAUCACACAGCCAUGAGACACAAUUCUGCGACCACUGAAGAGGAGCCGACUGAAACUAUGGCUUCGGAGAAGAGAGAAGCGAGACUACGAAAAUUUCGAGAGUUACAUUUUAAACGGAACGAAGCACGUAAACUGAAUCACCAGGAGGUUGUGGAGGAGGACAAGAGACUGAAACUUCCCACUAACUGGGAGGCCAAGAAAGCCCGGCUGGAGUGGGAGCUUGCUGAAGAUCAAAAGAAAAAGGAAUGUGCUGCCCGUGGGGAGAACUAUGACAGAGUGAAACUGCUGGAAGUAACAGCUGACGAUGCAGAGCGAUGGGAGAGGAAGAAGAAGAAGAAGAAUCCGGACACAGGAUUUGCAGGUUAUGCCGAGGCCCAGUUCCGACAGUACCAGAGGCUCACCAAGCAAAUCAGACCAAACCUGGAGAACUACGAGAAGCAACGGGAGGAAUGCGGUGAGGACUUCUACCCCACAUCCAAUAGCCUGAUCCACGGCACCCACGUUCCUACAAAGGACGGCAUUGAUCGCAUGGUGGAGGAUGUUGAGAAACAGAUCGAGAAGCGUGCCAAGUACAGCCGACGCAGGGCCUACAACGACGACGCCGACAUCGACUACAUUAACGAGAGGAACGCCAAGUUCAACAAGAAGGCCGAGCGUUUCUACGGCAAAUACACGGCAGAAAUCAAACAGAACUUGGAGAGAGGUACGGCCGUGUAGGUCCAGUCACCUCACUGCUUCGCCGCUUCAGUUUAGUCUUGGAUGCACCUCUUUCUUCUUGCUGUGCGUUAUUUUCAAGCUUAAAUGGAGUGUGUAUUGAUAGACAUGUCUCUAAAGACAUUCACAGAAUCCUGAGGUCAUUUUGGGCAGAAAUACAAUGAUACAAUGAUCUUGUCAUAUGUAAUAUUUUGGUGUAUUCUUGUACAUUAUUAGAAGUUUAAACAACUCUUAUUAUUCUUGUUUUGUUUUUUUUUAAAUAAACCACUUCCAAUUAUCUUGCA